GAGGGGGACUCAACAGGGAGGCAAUGAAACGGACUCAUCCGCGUAACUAGACACUACCAGUUCAGUUCGGUGGUCAGAGCAUGCGAGAGCGUAGCUAGACCAACCGCAUUCAGUUAUAACUACAAAGGAAUAGAGAGGGAGAAAAUUGAAGUGUUCCAGCCUAGGGAGGCGGCGAGGACAGGAGUAACACAUAGGCUACUGGCGGCUUUCGAGCGUCACGGGCAUAUACACCCCGUGUCCAGAAUUUACGGCCAUUCUUGGCAUCAGCCUAUUGUACAAAAUUGCGGAUUUAUAACUGAGUGAAGUCGGGGAUAGUCAUCGACAGUCCUAUCCCUCACAAUGAAGAAAAACAAUUCAGCUAAACGGGGCCCGCAGGACACAAACCAGCACAACACGCAGCCAGACAAAAUCGGUUGGAUUCGCAAGUUCUGUGGCAAAGGGAUAUUUAGGGAGAUCUGGAAAAAUCGUUUUGUAAUACUCAAAGGGGACCAACUUUACAUCUCAGAGAAAGAGGUGAAGGAUGAGAAGAAGAUCCAGGAGGUGGUUGACCUGACAGAUUACGAGCGUUCUGAGGAGCUCCGCAAGGCCAAGAGCCGCAGCAAGAAGAACCACAGCAAGUUCACCCUGCUGCGCUCCAGAACCCCAGGCAACACGGUCCCUAACCUGGUGUUCCUGGCUGUUAGUCCAGAGGAGAAGGAGUCCUGGAUAAACGCCUUAAAUGGAGCAAUCACCAGAUCCAAGAACAGCAUCCUGGAUGAGGUCAUGGUUGAGGAUGAAAACCUUCUGUCCCAUCUCACACGGGACAGGGCUAAGAUCCCUCACACACGGCGCCUGCCUACACGAGGACACAUCAUGGCUGUGGCCUCCACUUCUACCUCUGACGGCAUGUUGACCCUUGACCUGAUCCAGGAGGAGGACAGCCCCAGCACAGACGGCCAGGACACCUGUGACAAGAGCUUCCGGGCCAACCUGGACAAAUCCACUCAGCUCGACUGCCUCAGGUCCAAAACAGAGGGUGCCAUCAGUAGCAUCUGUCUAGCGACUCCCGCAGAGGUCACUGGGAAGUCCCAGAGCCUUCCGCGCGAUACUGGGGUCACCUGGGACGAUAAACAGCAACUUCAGAGCCCGAUGGGGAAGUCCUGCACUCCUCAGCCGGGCAAGAGGCUCACACCGGCUGAGAAAAGCCGCUGCGCCUCCAUGGACGAGAUCCUCUCACACUCCGGGACGCAGGCCACCAAACCCAGGACAUCCAUCCCCCGCUCUGCCACCUCUGCCCCCCCUGGCAACCUGACGCCCAUCAGCCAGCUGCAGGACCUAAUCGCUCAGAAGCUGGAGAGAACUCAGGAGCUGCUGAUGCAGGUGCAGGGGGCGAAGGGGGAGGAGGUGGAGCGGGGGAAGGGGAAAGGGAAGGACUCUCCAGGUUCCAAGGGCUCCAGGGGUUCCUCGGACGGGGCCCGGGCAGAGGCAGAGAGGCUGCUGAAGGAGGCAGCGUCCACAUGGGGUCAGGCCAAGGAUGUUCUAGAGGAGGUGAAGGAGCUGAGAGCGCUCUACCGUCAGCUGGACUCCCCGCCCGCCACCCCUGCCUCCCUCUCACCCCUCACACCCUCCAACAGCGGCAAGCAGACUGACUACAGGAAGAGCAUGAUGUGACCGUCAGAGAACUCAACACAGACUGGACUAUGAAUCCCUAAGCAAAAAAACAACUCAACAUGCAAAGCCACAAUAGUGUUAAAUAUGUCUGUUUCUCUCCUUCUGUGUCCUUUCAUUUGAUUGAUGCUGUGACAAAGUGAGGACAUUCAGUUGCCCAACGACGUCCCCUGUGCUUGACCACUGUGCCCUUACAUGUCUGCUUGAUGAAGGGUGUGGGGGGCAAAGCGAAGGGGCCAAUCUAGGAUCUGAGGUACAUGUUGGCCAGGGAGUCCAGUAGAGAUCCUGUCUCUCUGUACUGACCAGCUGCUGAAAGACCUUGUGAUACUGCAGUGUCGGGUUUUGCUCACAAUCUCAAUGUUUUCCUCUGCGUUGGUUGUCAAAGAGGGGAUGUUGCAAGGUUUGGGCGGGGAAUCAGAAGGGCUUUGCUCUCCAGGGAUAGACACACAGUGGUUGAGGAUGACUCAGAUUACAGGAAGGGAAACAUGGUGUCCAGACCAGCCCGCAUGUUGGGAAUGUGAAUGUUUUCCUUUUUCUGUUACACAACACACUGGAACGUUGGUCUGAGCCAGAUUCCCAACAACCACCACUCUAAAACCAACAUCAGCCCACCGUACACCGUACAGUACAGCAUCCUCCCUCCCUCCCUCUGCUGCUCUGGGAAUGGAGCUCAGUGGACUCCUCAUCUCUGCUGGUCCAUUAUGAUUCACAGGAACAAGGGGAACCAGUUCACAUAGUCAGAACACACUGGCCUUCCAUAGGGUGUUUCUGUCUGUUUCCAUGAGCCAUAUGAUACAGUCAAAAUGGAGGACGUCUGUCUGGGUUGUGUUGUUACUAGAUGGUACCUAAUAGGACAGGGCUGUUCCUUUCCUGUAGGCCUACAACCAGUUGUCUUCAGCCAGUUGCCACUGCAGCCAUUGAUUCUCAUGCUGCUGUAGAGUCAUGGAGCCGGGGUGGCGUCUGUGUGUGUCUGGUAUGAGUGGUGAUUCUCAUGCUACUGUAGAGCCAUGGAGCCGGGAUGGCGUCUGUGUGUGUCUGGUAUGAGUGGUGAUUCUCAUGCUACUGUAGAGCCAUGGAGCCGGGAUGGCGUCUGUGUGUGUCUGGUAUGAGUGGUGAUUCUCAUGCUACUGUAGAGCCAUGGAGCCGGGAUGGCGUCUGUGUGUGUCUGGUAUGAGUGGUGAUUCUCAUGCUACUGUAGAGCCAUGGAGCCGGGAUGGCGUCUGUGUGUGUCUGGUGUGAGUGGUGAUUAUCAUGUUACUGUAGAGCCAUGGAGCCGGGAUGGCGUCUGUGUGUGUCUGUUGUGAGUGGUGAAUAUCAUGCUACUGUAGAGCCAUGGAGCCGGGAUGGCGUCUGUGUGUGUCUGGUGUGAGUGGGAAGCAUGACAUAGAGGUCAGAUGCAGUACUGAGGAGAGGAACCACUUGUAAGUGAUUUGCUAAAAUAGUAAUAAUAACAGAAUUGCACUAUGAAGGAAGGCUGUAAAACAAGAGAAUGAAACUGGUGGGUGGAAACUGGAGAGAACAGAUUCUGUUCAUUCUGUUCUACAUUUUUGAUACGACAAUCUAGUGUUUCUAGAAACAUACAGGCUGCAUAGUUCCAACGCCGUGAUACCUAAGACAGUCGCUCAGCUCGCUACUGUUUGAAAAUCUGAGCUUCUCAAAGGUACAAUGUGUGUAAACAAUGUUGUUGAUGAACGCAUCCCUCCGGCUAGCUAACAGUGAUGCUAAUGCUUGACCUCUGACCUCCCUGUCCUACUUAAGGUCUUAUAGGGUUUAUGACAGAGAAGAGAGCUAUGCAACGUAGCACAAACACACACAACCACAACGAGAGAGAGAGUGAGAGAGAGAGAGAGAGAGAGAGAGAGAGAGAGAGAGAGAGAGAGAGAGAGAGAGAAAGAGAAAGAGAGAGAGAGCAGCGGCCAAUGGACUGCGUCGCCUAAUCAAAACAUCCAGUGCGCCUCUCCAGAGCACCCCGCCUUGUUUUAUAGUCAGUAGCUACACAUGUUAUGUGUUCGCACAGUGCUGUGGAAAUGGUUCGCUCUGGACUGUCAGACAGACAAAAACAGUGUUAUGAUUAUGUUGUUAUCAUUGUUUGUAUUUUUUAUUUGUUUAAAAUGCUUUUGUAGGAUGAUUUAAGGCACGCUUUAGAGAAGAAAAUGGCCGGGGCAUUCUAGAAUGUUCACGCUCUUAGAAUGCUCAACUGGAAACUCUGCAUAUUGUAGUGUUACUCUGUUUGUUCAACCAACAACCACAACCCAAUAACAGAAGUCAAAAAUCAUUAACGUUGAAGUUGGAUAUGGACAUAAAAGAGGGUGAGGUGAAAAAGGUAUGUUAGAAAGAAGACAAGAGGAAACAUUUAACUGAGUAGGCCAUAAACAAUAUUUUUACUAGUAUGUCUAUUAUUGUUGUUGUUAUUUAGUUUUAUCUGGGAUGAAGUACUAUCUUGUGUGAGGCUGAACACAAAACGUUUGUGCAAUCCUGAAAAGAUUGAUAUGACAGCCGAUGCACUGUACAUACUCGGAGCAGUUGGAAUCAUCUCACAGGAUGUUGCUGUAUUUUCUUAUUGCGUUGCGUUAUGAUGGAGACGGAAGUGGCUUUGCUUUGCACUGAUGUUCAUCACUUCUGGACUGUCAAAGUACUUGAGACAUAACCACUUGUGCAAUUAUAACAAUCAGCCUAAUUCAGACAACCAGUGUUCUACAUUGAAUGUUUGCUUUUUUAAGUCAAAACCUAGCCGAGAAUUGUAAUAAAAUGAUUUUUGUAUGUCCAUUCAGAAGAAUACCCUACUGGAAUAUAGGGCUGGUUUUCAUAGGAAAUGCUGAGGUAGGAAGUGAUUGAUCCAAGCAUUGUUUUUAUGGCAGCAAUAAUACCAUCUUCAAGCUAUGCCAAAGAUAAUAUGGCUGUACAAGGAAAUAAAACUAU